AAAAACUCUCAAUUAAGUUUCCGGCCUCUGGAUCGGGAUAGCUCUGCCUCUAACAGAGCUCAGCCUACCAUUCAGUUUCUGAAGAUAUAUCAAAAUCUUUGUAUUCCCAUUUGCGCGUCGUUUGGCAUACCGGGGAGGUUUUGCCCGGACACAAGUCCGGCCCAGACUAGCCCUGGGCACGACAGUUGUGCGAGUGAUCUCCAACAGCAACAGGUGUCCAAUUGUGUCCAGAAUGGCAUCAAUAACGGCGCACAGAUCGUCAACAUAUUGAGAUCCUGUAGUCCCGGACCCGACAUAUCAUGCAAUCGACAGCAAAGGCCGCGAACUAAUCGGUGUCUCAUUCAGAGGACUGUUAACCGAAGAAAUCUAAUGAAUCGUCGACUUCAACGAUGUUUUCGGACAACCGUUAGUUUGGCCACAAUUGACUGCCUCACCAAUAAGUACCGCAUUCUAAGGACAUUACUUCCUAUACCUCCCGGACCUCCCGGUUCUGUCGUCACAUCCAACUAACAAAU